UCUCGUGAUCAUCAGCACGUCAUGAUGAUCACCAUCUGUAUUUAGUCAUUUUUAUGAUCAUCAUUCACUUGUGCUCUUUAUCAACAUCCAAUGACGCUCAGCAUCAUCAUUAUUGUCAUAAUGAGCAUGGUUGUGCUUGUUGCUGUUGAUGAUGAUGCUGAUUAUUAUGCUUCUGCUGCUGUUGUUGAUGAUGAUGAUGAUGAUGAUGAUGAUGAUGAUGAUGAUGGCGAUGGUGAUGGUGAUAAUGAUGAUGAUGAUGGCGAUGGUGAUGGUGAUAAUGAUGAUGAUGAUGGCUAUAGUUAUGAUGGCGAUGGUGAUAUGACUAAUGAUGUAGUGACGAUGAUUAUGGUGAUGGAAGGGUCACAGUUCUUUUACGGUACAGCAGGCUUCCGAGCCGAGGCGCAUUUACUUCCAUCGGUGGUAUUUCGAACUGCGGUUUUGGCAGCUCUUCGGUCUGCCAAGACCAGGAGCGCCACUGGAUUGGUUGUCACUGCAUCUCAUAAUCCGAUAAAGGAUAAUGGAGUUAAGUUGGCGGAUCCGAGCGGGGGUAUGCUUUGCAUGGAGUGGGAGGAGUACGCCGACCGCCUUGUCAAUGCGCAAUCUUCGCUUGCACUCUGUGAGUUGGUUGGAGAGAUUGCAGAUAGAGAGGGGAUAUCGCUUGGCGACACUGGUGGUCGUAUUCUUGUGGGGAGAGAUACUCGACCCAGCGGCAUGGAGUUAGUUGAUGCAGCAAAAAAGGGGAUUUCAGCUCUGCCAGGAAUGGAAGUGCUAGACAUGGGAGUUGUUUCAACUCCGCAGCUGCAUUGGAUGGUGCAGGCCACUAACCGAGGUGAGCCAGCUACGGAGGAUGACUAUUUUGCAGACAUUCUGUCAGGAUACCGGGAAUUGGCAACAUUGAAGCCAACACGGGAUGCCAGGCAGAAAGUUCUGGAAGAUCCACUUUUGGUGGAUGGAUCAAAUGGAGUUGGAGCAGCCAAAUUAAUUGAUCUGCAGUCCCGUGCGGGUGUCAGCAGCCUGCGAUUCGAAGUCAGAAACAAGGGAGAGGAAGGAGAUGGACCUCUGAAUGAUGGGGUUGGUGCCGACUUCGUCCAGAAGGAGAGACUUCCGCCAGCAAAGUUCAGUGAGCAGGAUAUUGGCAGAAGAUGUGCAAGUGUCGAUGGUGAUGCCGACAGACUGGUUUAUUUCUAUCUAGAAAAGAAUCAGAAGAGUGACUCCCCGGGUGGGCAGAUGGCAGUUCAGGGGGAUUAUCUGGGAAGCAGAUUGACACUGCAUUUACUGGAUGGGGACAAAAUUGCUGUGCUGGCAGCACUUUUCAUCAGCCAGCAACUUGAGGAACUGGGGGCCAAGGAUGACGGCAAUGGCGGGAAAAGCGUUGUUGGAUAUGGUACGGUGAGGGUGGGUGUUGUCCAGACAGCUUAUGCGAAUGGCGCAUCGACAAAAUACAUCAAGGAGGUAUUGGGUUUGGAGGUGGCGGUGACUCCUACGGGCGUCAAACAUCUGCACGAAAAGGCUGUUGGAUUUGAUAUCGGUAUAUACUUCGAAGCGAAUGGACAUGGAAUGAUUUUGUUCGGUGCAUCGUUCUUGGCAUGGCUUAAUAAGAAACAAGCGAGUGGUGAUUGCGGUCGUGAAGGCGAUGAUGGAUUUAUAACAGACCGAAAAGCCGAAGUGGCAAUUGCCAGGUUGGUUGCUCUAAGCAAGCUGGUCAAUCAGGCUGUCGGCGAUGCCUUGUCAGGGAUACUUUUAGUCGAGAGUAUUCUUCAGUAUCGUCAAUCAGGGUUGCACGAAUGGAACACACUUUACAAAGACCUGCCGAGCCGGCAAUCAAAGGUCAUGGUUCCAGAUCGUCGGCAGAUUGUGACAAAGGAUGCGGAAACAAAGGUUGCAUCGCCUGAUGUUCUUCAACAGUUGAUUGACCUUGAGAUAGCGAAGUACAAGCAUGGCCGAGCAUUUGUCCGUCCGUCCGGCACGGAAGAUGUUGUGCGUGUCUACGCAGAGGCAGAACAACAGACUGAUGCCGAUGCAUUGGCGAAUGCGAUUGCUCGCCAUAUUCGAUCUGUCCUGGGAUGAGCGAGUACAAGAGUGCUGGAGGAAAAAGCUGAGCAGUUUUUCUAGUCACGGCUCGCUUUCCAUGGUUUCAAUAGCUGAUUUGCAUUGCUACAUUGUCUUGAUUCCCGAAUUUAAGGGGGACUGUAGCUGUUCUCUUUCGGAUCUGCUUUGUACUCCCUCAACCCGUGUGACAAGUUUUGUGUUUAACCACUAGUACCUUUGCCGAGUGGGAAAAUAGCGGGCCUCGGGUGGGCCUCCGACCUCUUACGAGGCUGAAACGAAACGACAGGCAACCGUCGUUGGGCCCGGCCUCCGAACCCUUUGGCAACGGGCGUUUUCCCUGAUUUCCCAACACUAGCGGAGGUACUAGUGCCUUAAGGGAACACGAGUAAAUUAUCCGAACGAGU